UAGUGGUUUACUGUGCUAAUGUAUGACAAAUGUAAGGAUAACUCAGAGUGUUUCUAGUUCCUGGUAGCAUUUUGUACCUUCAGAUGUGGUUUUCAUUACUUUGUAAAUGAGUUGCCUUUAUAAAUUUCAAGGAAAGGUAUGAUAUGCAGCUGUUCUUAAACACUUAAGAUUUCUUGCUGUCCUUUAACUCUUAAUCUGGUCCUUUGCCACCUGAAGUGACCUAGCUGAUUGUGUGUUAAUGUUGGUUUUAUUUGCUUUGCAUCCAUGUAGCCAAACUGGUUCCAAGAAGACCUCUUAGCUGAUAAGACUCAACCAUUUAAGGUUGUAACUUCACUGCUCAUCAGUCACUUUAGGCUUUGCAUUUGAGGUACCUAAUUUAUACAUACAACGUAGUCUUAUGAUAUGUUGUGGGGGGAGACGAGAAACUUAUUAAUGAAUGAAAAAACAUUAUUUUUAGACUUGUUUGCCAGGUUUGAUGCUCUGCUUUACAGAGUCAGCUAAAAGUAUGCUUCUGUAUGGUUAGUAUUGGAAACUUUAAUGCCCGAUACAAGGAUAUAGGCAAUAAGGCUUCAGUGGUUUUGUGUUCAUAAAGAGUUCAUUCUUCUCUGUAUUGUACCUUUCCAUGUUUAAUUGCAUUUUUGAUGGCAUGAAGUAUUAAGCAUUUACAAUACAUGCAGAUAUCUUAGAAGAUUCAGCCCUUCUGUCUUUAAGAUGUGUUAGUAACCAGAAAAUUGAAAAUUGGGGUCAUCCUCCCUUUAUAACUGGUGAGGAUUUUUUAACUUUGAUUAACUAGGCAAAGAGCUAGUUGAUACUUUGGGCUGCUCUGUCAUUAAUGUUUAGUAAUGAAAGUGUGUGACCAGCUCUAGUUUAAUUUCGAUUGGAGAGGAAUGUAGUGUUUUCCCCAGAGUCCUCUCCACCCUCUGACAGGGCAGGAAAGAUACCUCUUUAGGCCUUACUUUGUGAUCCCAGUCCUGCAGGUGAGCAUAGCUCACAGUCUUAAGCUCAUAAAAUUGCUUUUUAACCCUUUCACUGCAAGUAUAUGGGCAUAGGUAGCAGCCUUUCAGUUAGGCUACUGGAUUGCUAUUGAUACCAACUUCUCACCUUCCCGCCUUCCAAUUUCCUUAAGGAAGAAGGAGCUGCACGCACCCUUUCUGACUCUCCAUCUUGUGUACAUUGUGGCUGUCUGAUUCUUCCCUCCUGUAGCCUCUCCUUCCAGUUCUUUUCCUGCACCCCCUUCUGCUCGUGGCACGUGGUUAUGUUUGGUGCGUUGUUCUAUUUUUCUCUGUGUUUAAAAUGCCUGUGCUUUGAUGCAUCUUCACAGCACUGGAACGUGGAUUGAAAGCCCUUAUUAGCACCAUGUGUGGUCAGAUGUUUGUUCAUACGAUGUUCUCAAACAAUGAUGAAGCUGUGAUCAACAAAAAACUUCCGAAAGAGCUGCUGCUUCGAAUAUUCUCUUUCCUGGAUGUGGUCACUCUGUGUCGCUGUGCUCAGGUUUCCAGGGCAUGGAAUGUUCUGGCCCUGGAUGGCAGUAACUGGCAGCGAAUUGACCUGUUUGAUUUCCAGAGGGAUAUUGAGGGUCGGGUAGUGGAGAAUAUUUCUAAAAGAUGUGGAGGCUUCUUACGAAAGUUAAGCCUGCGUGGGUGUCUAGGAGUGGGAGACAAUGCAUUAAGGACAUUUGCACAGAACUGCAGAAAUAUUGAAGUAUUAAACCUGAAUGGCUGUACUAAGAUCACAGAUGCUACCUGUACCAGCCUCAGUAAGUUCUGCUCUAAACUCAGGCACCUUGAUUUGGCUUCCUGCACUUCCAUAACCAACUUGUCUCUAAAAGCACUGAGUGAGGGAUGCCCACUGCUAGAACAGCUGAAUAUCUCUUGGUGUGACCAAGUGACGAAGGAUGGGAUCCAGGCUCUUGUGAGAGGAUGUGGGGGAUUGAAAGCCUUGUUCCUGAAAGGCUGCACACAGCUGGAAGACGAAGCACUCAAAUACAUUGGUGCACACUGUCCUGAACUGGUGACUUUAAACCUACAAACUUGCUUACAAAUAACAGAUGAUGGUCUCAUUACAAUAUGCAGAGGAUGCCACAAGUUGCAAUCCUUGUGUGCCUCAGGCUGUUCUAACAUUACAGAUGCCAUCUUGAAUGCCCUGGGGCAAAACUGUCCACGGCUUAGAAUAUUAGAAGUUGCAAGAUGUUCUCAGCUAACAGAUGUGGGCUUUACCACACUGGCUAGGAAUUGUCACGAGCUUGAAAAAAUGGACUUGGAAGAGUGUGUUCAGAUAACAGAUAGUACAUUAAUCCAACUCUCCAUACACUGUCCACGGCUUCAGGUUUUGAGUUUAUCACACUGUGAGUUGAUCACAGAUGAUGGGAUUCGUCACUUGGGGAAUGGUGCCUGUGCACAUGAUCGUCUGGAAGUGAUCGAGCUGGAUAACUGUCCAUUGAUCACAGAUGCUUCCCUGGAGCACCUGAAGAGCUGUCAUAGCCUGGAGAGGAUAGAACUUUAUGACUGUCAACAGAUCACACGGGCAGGAAUCAAGAGACUCAGGACCCAUUUACCUAAUAUUAAAGUCCACGCCUACUUCGCUCCUGUGACUCCACCUCCAUCAGUAGGGGGCAGCAGACAGCGCUUCUGCAGAUGUUGCAUCAUCCUAUGACAUUGGAAUUGGUCCUCCUUGCAAACUGAGUAUUUAAUUAUACUUCUAGAAUUAUGGUGGACACCAGUAUCUUCAAGGAAAGUGAUCCCAGUGUCAUUUGCAAGGGCCAGUGAAAAGGGGGCUGUGGUGCCAGGCCCCUGUAGCCACCCAUACACACGCAUAUACACACACCACCCGUUCCAGCAAACUGAUGAACUCUAUGACAUGGGAGCUGGAUCUGUGUUGGUAUUUCUGUAGGUGGAUUGGUAUAAUUCUGAACCAUUCCUACUGGGCAUGCUCAGAAGAAAUCACUGAGUGGGGGAGGGUGUGUAAACCCCAAAUAACUGUUGCUGCUGCUGUUGAUGAUGAAAUAGCAAUGGAAACCCUUCAGAGUGGGGAGAGGGAGUGAAAUGAACAUGCUUGAACCUUGCAUCCACUGUCCAAAGAAAAAGGUUUUGUAUCCAUUCUUCAGUAAGGGAAUGAAAACAGCAGCCAUUGUGAGACAUGAUUUACUGUGCUUCUGUACUUCCUUGUUCCCAUGCUAACCACACUGAGCAUGCUCACAUUGAAGGUUCAUCAGUUUCUUCUGUGUUUCGUAGCAUCCAACUCAGAGGCUUCCUAGAUUGUUGUGAUAUAGCUUGAAAUCUGUAAUGUCAGGCUCAUUUUUUUUAUCCUCCCCCUCAUUUUUUUUACAGAUUUAUAAUCCAGUAAUUUUUCAAGAUUAUCAAACACAAAAGUUAUGUAUCAAUAAAAAGAAGACACUUUUUACCAUUAGAAAGCUGAGCCUGGAAUUUCCUGUCUGAUGGUAAGACCUUAAACAGACAGUUGAAGUCACAGGCUAGGCUCUCAUGGGCUUACUUGCCCAUUUUUACCAAUUGCUGGCUCUCCAAACUUUUUGCAUUUCAAGUUUUACUCCAGUGAAAAUGUAGCUCACAAUAUAGAGGACACAAAUCUAGUUCACAGUCCAAUUCUUGAUUCCCUGUCCUUUCCCCAAAGGAGCAAAAUCACAUUACUCUUUAUUGUCAUGGUUAAGGAAUAAUGAUUCACUAAUUAAAGUGGAAAGAACAGCA